AUGCUGGUUGAUUAUCCAGACUCGAGUUCUGAAAGCGAUCUUGACAACAAGACAAGGAUAAAUCCUGCUCGAAAGCGAAAGGCUCAAGCCGAGCCCAUGCAGGCGGCGGCCUCCAGGAGACCUCCUCCUCCUCCUCCUCCUCCGCCAACAUUUCACUCGCUUUACACAGCUGCUGCUCGCACAUCUACCUCUGAUGAUCCAUCUUUACAUGAUGGCCGGACUCGUCAGAUUCCGCACGUGGUAGGUAACUGGCCUACCCAUGUUUAUCUAGAAUGGUAUCCUGCGCCAAAAGAGGUUACACUUGUAGGCGAUAUCAUCAGGCAGGCAUCUCUCAAAAUCAAUGCAGUCAGAACCAUAUCUGGCGCGGAGACCUUGAUCCAUCCAUUUCUCAGAUCAGAUCUUGGAGCAUUACUCCCUCUUCAUGUCAGUUUAUCUGCCCCACUGGUGCUGAGAGCGGAGCAGAAGGCCCGCUUCCAGGAAAAUCUACAGGCUCAACUGGAGCAAUCGCAUGUCAAUUCAUUUAUGGUAAAUAUCGCAGGGCUAGAAUGGGUCUCGAACCACGACCAAACGAGAUUCUUCCUCGUCCUGAGGCUGAGUCAGCCCAAGGAUGACCAAUUAAAUAAGCUCCUGAGUGCCUGCAAUAAGUCGGCCCAGCAGUUUGGUCUGACACAGCUUUAUGUUGACCCAGGAGAAGCCGGUCCACAAGCUGACAAUAACGACCGAAGGAUACCCGAUCGGUCAAGUUCGUUUCACAUCAGCAUUGCGUGGACACUUCAGAGGCCCACCGAGGAAGCUACAGAUUCGCUCUCUCAGUAUGCUGUGGACCGCUGUCGAGAACUUGAGAUUAAGUUUGACCGCCUCAAGUUGAAAAUGGGUAACAACGUUUUCGAUAUUUUGCUCGACAAUUGCAAUAGCGGCCGCGACAUCCCAACUGCAGUUGAAUCCUCCCAAGAGUUCGUUGAACCUGCGUAA